UAAAUCAUACCCAGAUUUGAUUGGGUAGCCUUUUGUUUGGAGGGAAUUGUCGGAGGAGGGCCGGGCUUAAGAUUCGGAUUUUGCUUGAACGAUGAAGGCAAGAGCUUCGAGGUGUUAUAGUCAGAAGUUAUUAUGUGGCUAAAUUGAAUUAAUCAUGCUCUACGCGCCUGCUUUGCUCAUUAGAGUAUAUCAAUGCGGAAUAUCUCGAAGUCUACUAUUUUAAUUGGAAUAGAUAUGUAUUUGAAGACAGCGCUCCUGCAUGUUUCGAGGGGCUCUGUGAGAAGUCUCGAUCCUGAUACUGAUAUUUUAUUUGUGCAUGAUAGUGUUAACUAAUGCCUAGAUACAGAGUGAUGUUGAAUGAUAUGUCGCGGAAAAGUCUUUCCUAUACCUGGUUGUUCUUUCCUCAGAGAAUAUGGAUUUUACCUUCUCCCUCUCUUGUCUCAUUUUGUUUAUAUUUCACACUCUGAUUUAUUUCUUUUCGUUCUUGAUUCCGUGCAUAUAAAUCUAAACGAUACCAUGCUUUCCCUCGCUGCGAUCUACAAUUUCUUGGGCUACAUAGUUGUUGCAAAUGCAUAUACCACCUUUGAUACGACCUGUGCAAUUCCAGCUACAACUACUAACUACGUCUCACCACCCAACAGUCGAGGUACUCUCAAUAUCCUCUGGUCAUCUCUUUUUACAAUCAUCGCUUGUGCAUGGGCAAUUCAGCAUCUAAAUGUACCCAAGCAACGAGCAUGUCGUGAGUCCAGUUGGAAAGAUAACUUCACUUGGAAAGUGACAGGGUUCAUGACCAGUUUUAAAUGGAUGAUAGCCACCGCCAUUGCUCCAGAGAUAUUACUUGCUAAAGCCUGGAGUGACCUUGACGUUGCACGGAAACAAUUUGAGAAGUUUAAGCCUUGGGCGGCGGAUGAUGAUGUUGAGUGGACACUAACUCACACUUUAUUCGCGAAUAUGGGUGGGUUCGUCAUUCGAAGUAAUCCGCCAUCAAACCUCGAUCAAGACGUAGAAGCUAAGCCAAGCGUGGCACUUGAUAUUCUCGCAGAUCAACCACCAACCCCUCUUUUGGCAGAAGCUCUAGCUCCGCUGAUGGGACCAUCCAUAGGAUGCGUGUCUUCCGAUACAAAUGGUGUAUCGACUCAUGCUAACAUUGCGCCCUCGGGUGCUAUGAUCGAUAAGCCUACCAGUUAUCCCGAUCCGUAUCACUUGACCGCCAGACAACUCCUCUCACUUCGAAGAUGCGAUCGUAUAAGGCUUCCAAACAUCAUGUUAGACGAAAUAAACGACAAGAGCAAAAGUGACACUCUUGUGAGAGUUAUCGCGAUAUCUCAAUUCUUGUGGAUCGUGGCACAAAUCAUUGUUCGUGCAAUCAAAGGAUUGGUAAUAGCACAACUAGAAAUAGCAGUAGUAGCUUUUUCAACAUGCGCCAUCCUAAUCUACAUACUCAAUUGGAGUAAGCCGAAAGGAGUCCAAGUCCCUUUCACGAUACUCCAUUACGAAGGCCCAAUUCCGACAGAUUUACUCGAAUUCAUGAAGAAAGACUUAGAUCGUUCAUCCAUGUCGACCAUCAUGCUCAACUCCAAAUGUCAAACUAUUACUUCCGGCGACCCAAUCCCUAACGAUGUGAUAUAUCCCUACGAUGAAGAUACAUGGCUCAUCGGGUUCGAAUUCGGCAGUAUAGUGUUCGGAUGCAUCCACGUUGCAGCCUGGAACUUCAUCUUCCCAACUCGAAUCGAACAGAUUCUUUGGUGGUCAACAAGUAUUUGGUGUACGGUUUUCGUUUUGAUAUAUACUCUUAUUCCUUAUUGUGGAAUGAUCUGUUUUGGGGAUUUCAAGAGAAUUGCAACACCGAAGGAAUUGGCUUGGGGUGCGGCUCCAUUGUUCUUUUUGUAUGCACUUGCUAGGAUUUUCUUGUUGGUGGAGGUUUGCAGAUCGUUGUGUUUUUUGCCGCCUCGAGCGUUUAUUGCUACGCCGUUGGAGAAUAUUCCUUAUAUUGGUUGAUGUUCAUAGAGUCUGCCGAGAUGAUAUUUUGGGGUGUCGAUGAGAAUGUAUAUAGUAUCAACAUAAUAUAUACAGUAUGAUAGGGCUAGAUGUCCGGGAGAACCCAUUAUUCAUUUGGGAGUAAUACAUCUAAUUUUUCUUUGCUAUAAGUAUAAGUUCUCUUUAAUCAUGUGUUCUCCCUCAAUUCCGAGUAUAUGAUCUGGAACGGGCAAGCGUCUUCGAGCAGAUAUAUGUAUCAAUACAGUCCGCGCAGCUGAGGCGGCAGACUUAUAGCUGGUUUUCCCGUACUGACUAGCGCACACAACUGUCCUUGAAGAGUGUUUCACUUUAACCUUGAAGAGAAUACCCCGUUGCCACGGAGAAUACCCAUUCAACUACUCACUACUCGUACUCUUCACCGACUGUCAUCAAGUCGACAGUCAUUGGUAAGAUAAGAUUCCGGACAGU